AAAACAAAAGAAAUUUCGUAAUACGUCGUUGUAUUACAUAUUCCAAUUCUUCCAUUCAUUGAAAAUAAAACUUUUCUGAGGUAAAUCGAUAUUCAUUGAAAAAGUCGCGUCCAAGAGCUAAAAAUGUUCUUGCAAAUACGCGGCACUCAUAAUUCAAUAAAGAUCGUCAUGGUACGGUGCUGCAUCUUCCGGUAAGUUGUGGUGGGGUUGGACUAGGGGUUGAGGAGACGGAAAAGGUGGAGGUAGUCGGAGGCGGUAGCUAGAGGUACUACGCUAGGUACACGCAGUCUCCCACCUCUUUGCUUCCAUCUUCUUGACCCCACCACUAACAGCAACCACGUAGAAACGUACAACACCGUUUUGAUUCAGUAUCGCGCGAACCAUACUGUUAUUCGAGAGUUCGUCGCGUGUCCUUAACUCUUUUUCGGCUCUUUUCCUCGCUUUCUCUUUCUCGAGAACGACGAAAAAGUGACCAGAGAACGGAAUCCUCCUUAUGGAGUUUGUUUCACCUCAAGAGUAUCUCAAAACGAUUGAACUUUGAUCGUAACUUGGUGAUGAUAUUGCAAAUAUUCUUUUCUGCCUCGAAAUAGAAAACAAAAGAUAAUAAAAAUAAUACAUAAAAAACAGUCACAAUCGUAAGAGUGACAGUAUGUGAUAGUGUUUGAUUAUUAUUUCUUCGAGGUAAAAUCAGAGACAACAACCGAGGUUCUUACGAGACGUGUUCAUUCAGGAAGAGUACUGGCAGUAUCGUUGGUUCUUGUGCUAGUGCGUUUCACGCUCGAUUAAUUUCUUAGGUGCGGCAUAGUUCACCACCGCCACCAGCACCAACAUCUGCAGCUACUCGAAAGGAGAGUUCGCCACUUCGUGGUCCUCGAACUCUCCUCCUUAGGCGUAGCGAAAAUGGCUUCGGAUUCACUCUCCGACAUUUUAUCGUUUAUCCGCCCGAGUCCUGUUGCAAUUGAUAAAGUUUCCAAUCCUGGCAUCCUGCAGAUGUUGCCAGGACACGAGCGGACAAGGAUCGAUGAGCCUAUGGACACGAUCUUCGUAAAACAGGUACGAAUCAAUUCGCCAGCAGCAGAAGCAGGUCUUCGUACGGGUGACCGGGUGGUUUCUGUUGACGGAAUACCAACACGAGGUGAACAGUACGCCAGUGUAGUGCAACGUAUUCAACAAGCGGGUCCUUGGUUGCGUCUACUCGUUGUUUCAAAAGAAGACGAUAUCUUACAACGGUACUUUGGUGAAACGGCACACAAUCCUGAGACGAAUCAACGUCCACGAUUACGUUCUCCAGAGAGGAUCUCUCAAAAGCAAAGAAGAUCUAUCAGCAUGAUCCCAGGACCAUCGCCGAGAACAACGAGGCAAUCAUGGAUUUGCUCGCUUCCAGAUUCGGAGAAUCAGAAUACGACUACCACUUGUAGAGAAAGCGAGGAAGUUGUUUACAAAGAACAACAAGGUAACAAGAUGUCACCGUCUAUACCAGUGAUCACAGCGCAACAAAGAAGACUCCUGCAUGAAACGAGUGUUCCUUGUGAACCUAUCGAGGAUAGAAUGCAAUCAAGAAAACUACAGCAACAACAACAACAAGCUAGAGAAGCCAUGGAAUCACCUCCCCAAUCAUACAGCCGCCCCUCUCCGGAUCAAAGGUUCGAUUUGUACGAUAGAACGCGUCCCGAAUCGAUUUACUCUAGACCGAGUAGCGACCAAAUUUACGAUCGAAUUAAAGAUCCUAUUUACGAACGCGUUAGAUCAGGUGAAUCGAGCCAAUUUGAGAAAGAACAACAACAGUUAACGAUGUUACGUUAUCCUAUAUCCCGCGCGGAACCACAAGUUCCUAUUUACCGUCCUGGUAGACGCGUGAUAGCGAGACGAGCGAGCGAAGGCAGUGGAGGGACCGGACAAACAAAUGAAUCAGAAGUUCCAAAUUAUGGAAGUAUAGACGCUCUUAGAUCAAACGAUCCAAGUUCAAGGUUGAGUAUGGAUUCUCGAAGAGACUCCUCACCAAUCAGUAAGGGUAGUUUGUCCUCGUUCGAUUCUAAUUCGACCGUUACUGGAAACGAGUGUUCCGAUGAUUCUGUAAUCAUGAACAGAUUACGUAAGAGUUUCGAACAAAAGGAAGAAUUUUUACGCAGACCGAGUCAUCCGAUCGGAUGGAGUGUCGCUGAGGAUGCAUCGAGAUUGCAACAGGGCGGUAGCAACUCAGCUGUUAUUCAAAGAGAGUUUUACGCGAGACCGCAAAAACUUCAAAGGCAAAUUUGGCCACCCAAUGAGCAACAACAAAGGCAACAAUCACCUACGAGAAGAGUGGAAAAUAAAAGCAAUUGUAAAUCGGCAUUAACAAAACCGUCGAAUCAAAACGUCCAAAGGGUGAAGACGGAUCUUGAUUCUGAAUCGGAUUAUAUUAAUACCCGAAACGAUCAGAAUGAUGAUCGAUCGAAUCUUGUUGACAGUCAACGUAACAUCAGAGAUAGAUUUUACUCCAGUCUUUAUGAGAGUCAAUUGGGUAAAGAGAAUCAUUUCGUUUAUCCAUCAACUAAAACUAACGAUCAAGAUAGAUAUAAGAACACCAGUAAAUCUGUUUUCGUCAGCACGUUAUCUAGAAUACAUGAAAAUGCGUCAAAUUUGGCGACGAAUCAGCAACAAACUCAAAAUCCUCGGAAUGAAUCACUUUCGGUGCCAUCUUCACCAGGUCCAGAUAAAAGAAAUAAUGACAAAUUCCUGGUACCCCCGCAGGGACUACAAAUUGUUUCUAGACGAGCGAAACAAUUUGAAUCUGGUCGACUUCUUAGCGAUGAUGAAGAGCCAACCAGUGAUCGAACUAAUUUGUACAAAAGUGAGCUGUCUAGGUUGUCUAACAAACGAAGUGUACCAAAUGUUGCUAUCAUGAAGAGAGAGUUUGAAUCGAAAGCAGAAUCACAAGAACCAAGAAGAAUACCUGCUAAUAGAGAGAGCAAGUCGUUAGAUUCCGGGAGGGGAUUGUCCGGAAACAGAAUAUUUCCUAUAGGCAGCAAGUACAUCCAUUGUGAACCUCCUGUCAACUAUAAAGAAAUUCAAGAAAUACCAACAAUGGAAAUAGAAGCAGUUCAUCUUAGGGCACGUAGUAAUAGCGCCGAAUCUUGGGAAGCUGUAAAUGGAUCGCGUGGAAAUACAAGGCAUACAUGGCAAACAGAGGAAGAAGAAGAGAAAGGGAACAGAAAUGAUAACAGUAACGGUGAUAAUAAAAACCAAAGCUAUGCAGAGUUGACUAGAAAUCAGCUUACUUCUUGCGAUGAAACAUCAAACAAUGGAGUAAUCCUUAGACGACAGAAAAACGCACAGUUAAGUGAUGAAGAGCGUGCUAUGAGAAGAGUUUCCUAUCUGAAAGCUACGUGGAGUGAACGAAUGCACGUUGAUAGUGAUUUAGAUCUUAGUGAUACUGAACCUGUUCACGUUCUUCGAAGUGCACAUAGACGAUGGAGACCACCGUUAUUUACAAGUGACAUAACACCGUUAAGACGAAUCUUUGAGGAUAUGACGCAGUCUACAAAUCUUCAUCGACAUUCUCUUCGUAACAGUAUCGCAAGUACCACAGAUAGUAGCAAUGAAGCUCCGAAGGAAGUUGAACCAGUUGAACGAGAAGGCAUACUUCACAUUAAGUUUACAGUGCUCGAUGGCAAGCGAUCUUCUGAUCGUUCCUGGAAGCAAAUUUGGGGUGUUCUUCGAGGUCCAAUUUUAUUCUUUUAUAAGGAUCGUCACAGUCAGAGCCCUUCAUCGGUUAACGAUACUGAAGGUACUGUACAAAAUAUUGAUGUAAGGUGUUCAUUGGUGGAUAUUGCUGAGGAUUAUACUAAACGAAAACAUGUAUUACGAGUGGUAAAUCCUACAGCAGAAGUGCUUUUACAAAUGGAAGAUGCAGCUUCAAUGGCUCUUUGGCUAAGAUCACUUCAUAAGUAUGCUGCUACUGAAAAGCCAUUGGAUAUUACAUCUAGUACUUCGAAACAACAAGCAGUACCACAAACUCCCGGACCAACUACACCCAGUGUUGCCUCUGUUCAAAAUGCUAAUCAAAGACUGAGUCCCUUACCCAGCCACAAAGGUAUCAAGAAGUUAACAUCUUUCAGAAACAGAUCACCGACUGGGCAAUCGCCAGUGAAUAAAACGAGAAAGCCAAGUCAAGUUGUGGAACCUCUUUCAUCUCCAAAAACUAAAACUUGGAAAGGUAGGGUAGCUAAACAAUUUAGAAGAAUGCAUGGUCAAGCUGGUUCACCAUCAUCACCUACUGCACAAUUGCCACCUGAAGGAGCUACAUUUAAAGUUCCUCUUGAACUUUGUCCAUCGUCUUCCUUUUCGGAAUUUGUACCUCUUAUAGUUGAAAUGUGCACUAGUAUAGUGGAGGCACGUGGUCUUGAAGUUGUUGGAAUAUAUAGAGUGCCAGGAAAUACUGCUGCCAUUUCUCAACUUACUGAAAGUGUAAAUAAAGGAUUUGAGAACAUUAAUCUUCAGGACCCGAGAUGGAGCGAUGUGAAUGUGAUAUCUUCUUUACUCAAGUCUUUCUUCCGACAUUUACCAGAUUCACUAUUAACUGCAGAAUUAUAUCCCAUGUUCAUUGACGCAGAUAAAAUUGAAGAUCCACAAAGGAGAAUGGCAACUAUAAGGAAAUUACUAAGAGAUCUUCCAGAACAUCAUUUUGAAACACUCAAAUACUUAAUGUUGCACUUAAAGAAAAUUGUAGAGCACAGUGAAGUUAAUAAGAUGGAAGCUAAAAAUUUAGCUAUUGUUUUCGGACCCACAUUGGUACGCGCGAGUGGUUCAAGAGAUAAUAUGGUUACGAUGGUCACUGACAUGUCUCACCAAUGUAAAAUAGUCGAGAGCUUAUUAAAUAAUGUUGAUUGGUUCUUCUCAGAUGAAGAUCUUGAUGAUUUAAGUAGACUUAGCGUAAAUUUAAGUCUUCCAGCUGAUGGUUGUGAGGUUGAACCAACAUCUAAUACAAAUCAUAAUCUUCUUUUAAAUAAUAUACAAAAAGUCGAAGGCAUGCGUGAAAUGGUAUCAGCAAAGGACAUUGUAUCUUCAAUCAUAUCUGCAGCUAACCGAAAAAUUCAAAGAAGACGGAAAGGCCAGGACGAAGCAGAAAAUGAAGAACACGAUGAAGAGAAGGUUAAAGUGAAGCACGAAUCGGAAAGUUCACCGACGAUUCGACAAAGCAUGGCACUUAAUGAACGUCAAUGUUCUGUCAGUGAAAUUGUAUUGAUGCAUGAAAACAAAAGUCACCUCAAUCAUUCUAAUAAUUCUUCCGAGCCGGCUGAUCGAUCUUCAGCAACGAAUAAUAGUAGCCCAGUAAGUGCUUCGUCUUCUAGUCGAUCCAAAUAUUCGAAUCAACUUGUGCCUACUGUCUCUUCGAGUUCCGAAUCUUCGAGGCCUUUAAGCGAGGCUGGUUUGAGUUGCGUGGAUACAAAUUCGAUGACAUCAAACGCAUCCAAUGAGACUAAACAGAGUAAUGACGAGGUAGCUAUAAGAACGUAUGCCGGUCUGAGUGCAACAACACAAGAAAGAAUACGAAGGUUUGAACAGGAGACAAAGGCUAUGUUGCAGAGAGAUCAGCAUCGGCAGAAACGCGAAGCAGAGAAGCGAGAAGAGGAAAGACGAAGAAUAGAAAAGGAAUGGCAAUUGGCAAAACGAGAAAUGGAAAAUGAUGAUCUUUUAGAUACUAUAGUAGACAGUACGGUGAUUCCUAAUUUUCUAUCCGAACGUCUCUCCAAUAUGAAUCAGAGGUUGGCAGAAAAAUCAUUAGCGGAUCUCCCUGAGAAACAUGUUCGAUCAAGAUCAACAACAAGAAUUACUCCGUUAUCAAUAGCUGUACAACAACAACCUACGGCUCGACAGAAAGCACAAGCUACUAAUCAACUUAGUAAUGUAUUAGGCGAGAAGAUAAAUAAUGGUGUUAUCAAAAAGUUUAAAACAGAUAAAGAGCCGUCUUUAGAAUCUAUUUGCCUACCGCCUAUUCGUUACGGCAGUUUGGAUUCGUUGCACGAAGUACACACGCUCCCUCAUUCUUCACCUUCGCCAUCGCAACAACGAAGAGGAAUUUCUGGAGAUAUCUCGGACGAUGCCGGAUCAUGUUUUCUACACUGGACUCAGAAGAUUCUCACUAUUAACAAAAAGCUUUCUAGGCAUACAGCAAGUCCGGGUUUUUGGUGCUACAUAUCGUCCCACCUACACGGUACCACAGGGUCCAGUGGCACCACCGCGAAAACAUCGGCCUCAUCAUCGUCUGAUCCAGCAUCAACAAGCUUUAACAGUACCAGAUCAGCAUAUGGAUCAUCAAUCUCAGGAACAGCAACAGCAACAACAACAACAGCAGCAGCAGCAGCAACAACAACAGUGCCAACAACAAACUCAAGAGCAACAACCCAGACAACCCAGUCCUAUCUACCGAAACACCUUUCAGAGGUGCCAAGAGGGUCAGGCUCAGGACCCGAUGGGCCCCCCAAGACUUUAAACAGAUUUCUCCGAGGUAGUGAUUUAUUGACCAGUCUUACGACAACCUUUGAUCGUAAAUGGAGGUCACUCGUGAAUCCAUCAAGUCAAAUUAUUCAAAUGCCCGUAGAACCUGCAUCUAUCGACAAUAUUGAAAUUUCAGAUGAUCAAAAAAAGCAAAAGGUUGAGGACCUAUCCAAAAAGAAUCAACAAACGGAAAAAGUUUACCGCGAUCCUAGUCUUCAUAAGUCAUCGAUUGAUAAAAAUCAUUUUCUUCGAGCAAAAGACGAGGCAUUAGAAAAAGAUACAGAUUCAACGGUUACCGAAGUACGCGAUACUGAUGCAAUGACUACGCCGGAUAACGAUCGAAAUGCAAUCAAAUUAGAAACGAAAAACGUUCUUAAUCAUUUGAAGGAAACUAUCGCGAUAACGGAUUCCAUUAAAAAAGAAGAUGAUAAAAAGAAAGAAGAUAUCGAUAUAGCUCAUGUUACUACAAAAGAAGGAAAUGGAUCGUCAACUUUUCGCAAACCUGGUGAUAUGGAAAAUAAAACAGAAGAGAAGAAAAUUCAUGAUCGAGAACUCGAUUCAAAUUAUUCGAACAAAUUAGAAAAAUUCGAAAUAUUAACAAAUACCGAAGAGAGAUCACGAUUGAAGAGAUCCGAAUCAUUGAAUAAAAGAUCAGAAAAUACUUUUUCUAAAUUGAAAAGAUCCGAAAGUUUAAACAAGCACUCUGAGAGAUUAGCUUCACCGACGAAUAGUAAAUUGAAACGUUCGGAAAGUUUAAACAAACAUUCCGACAGAUCCGAGUCGCCUAAUAGUAAAUUGAAGCGAUCGGAGUCUUUGACUAAAACGGAGAAAACUGAAUGUAACAUCAGUAAAAGACGACAAUCCGUUAGAAAGGACAGUGCUACGAAGUUGAAGAGGAAAAACGGGAUGCCGGAGAGAUCAAUUAAAAGAAGACACACGGUCGGUGGUACGAAGGACUUUGAUAAGGUUCACUGGCUUGAUAAUAAAUUACAAUCAGAAGCAGAAAGAGUUAUUAAAAAUGAUUACAAGCCAAAGAAAAGUCAACUGAGAACAAGUUCACCCGAUCUAAGUACUAAUCGCGUCAAUGUAGCAGACACUAGCUUUUUGAUCGAAGUCAGUUUUCGUGGUCCUAGUAACGUUGUUUUUAAUGUUACCAAUGCACGACCACAAUCCUUGCCAGACGCCAAUUUAGCAUCGAAAGUUUUCAAAGUACCUCUCGAAAGUCACGUCUAGGUACUUCUAUUCUAUUAAAAUAUUGCCUGCCAUCGCUUUCGAUUGAUAAUGCCACGUGUAAUUAAUCGCUAAACGAGCCAUAUCAAAUUCGAUAUCAGAUAUUGAUCAAAUAUUUUCGCAUAAACUCCGAAUCAUCUAAUAGUUAUCAAUUUGUUCAAAAUAUAUUGUAAAUGUUUUCAAAUUCACCGAAUAUAGGUAUUCCAAGUAUAUAAAAAAUUACUCAUGCGUGCCAAAGAAUUCUAAUAUCAGUUUUAUAAAAAUCGAUAUUUAAUCAAUAUUUUUUAUUGCUUUUGUUCAAGGAACAAAAUUAAAAAUUUUAAUAAUUUUUAUAAAUUCAAAUUGAAUUCUUGAUUUUGGAUUUGCAUGUGCAUCACUUAUCGUUUGCGAAUGAAUGAAAUGCUAAUACGCUGACCAAAUCAUUUUAUCCUAAUAUUGUAUUAUGUUAUGUUAUAUAAAUUAUAUUAUGUUAUACUAUAUACUAUACUACAGCUGCAUUGAGUAUUAAUGCAGUAUGCAUAUAAUGAUAUUCCAUUGGUAAAGAAAGUUAUUUGACUUUUUAUAAGAGAAAACAAAGAAAAAGUAAUAUAAUAUUUCCAAGACAGCAAGCAAUAAUCUUGCUUCUGGUAUUUAUAUCAUGUCAAUUAUCCAACACAUCAUAUUUGUGAAUUGUGAUUGAGUAAAUUUUUGUGCGCGCGCGCGCGUGUGUGUGUGUGUGUGUUACGUACGUACGUUAUGUAUGUAUGUAUGUAUGUAUGUAUAUUAUAUAUAUCAUAUAUAUAAUAAACGGCCCGCACGAACGAUAAUAGGAUAGUUUUAUACCGUGACGUUAGUCUACUUUUAAAUUUAUAUUUUAAUAAUCGAUUUGCAUAUUUGUGAGCCUCUCGCAUAUGUAUGGUAGCGUUAAACUUGGCUUUGUGUCACAAGAUCCUUGUAAAGAUGUAACAUUUAGCAUAAAUAACAAAAUUUUUAUGCAUUUGUCUCCGUGUUGAAAAAUUUGUACAUAUUAUAUGUACACAUGCGCUAAAUCUAAAGGUAUGCGCUAAUAUAAACGUAAAUGAUAUAGUGAAAGUAUGAAAUUCGUGAAUCUUCGAAAAUAUUAUCUUAUACCCUUCUCUUUCAAAAAAAAAACUCUUGCUUUCAAAGCAAAUAAAAAACUAGUUAAUUUUUCUAUAUCUUCUCACAUAAAAGUAUACACCAUGUGAUAAAAAUGAUUACGCGUUUAUCUGUACACAUAUUAUACAAAUCGUUAUACUAUAUUUUCGACGCGUAUUACAUAGUUUGUAAUCAAGAUUAUUUUAAUCUACGUGCGAGACUGCUGUUAUGGUAUUUUAUAGUCUAGUAAAAGCUUAAGUUUAUAUAUAUAUAUACACACACACACACACAUCGAGAGAAUAAUAUGAUAAACGUCUGUUCUAAAAACACGAAGAAAUCUAAUCUACGAAAGAGAACUCGAAGUUCUUAACAACAUGCGAGGAUAGAAAAUGUGUUGCAAAUAAUUUUAAGGUAAUAUAUUUUAAUCUUAUGGAAAUCAUAAAUACGUAUGCUUUGGAAUCAUAAAGGGAAAGCUUGCAACAAGUAUUUGAAAUUUACUGUUAUAUCUUUAAAUCGCAUUCGCCAUAUAAAAUCAACUAUAUUACAGUUGUAUUCUAAAAGACCAAUGUACACAAAUAACAUCGCGUUUUUUAACAUUAGUUUCACGUUAAGCUUUCACAUAAACUACGUCACAUAUAAACGCAUAUAUUUUCGAAGUGACGGUAAGAUUUAUCUCUUGCCGAAUUUUUGCACUUUAAAUAUUCUCUUAGAGGAACUCUGCCCUUGAUGUAUGCGCAGAUCUGGCAAUCACCUUGAUGUUUAUGUAUUUCCAAUAGAAAACAAAUUCUUUGAUGCAUUUUCUUAAUCACACGCGAAAAUUUUCUCAACAGUAUUUUCGCAUAUGUGAUUUAAGGAGACGAGUGACUGGGGACCAGAAUGAGUACUCCAAUUUACUCUAAAAUAACUCGAUAGAAGCAAAAAUAUUUAAAAGUAGAUUUUGAAACUUCUUAAAAUCCUUAUCGAUUCUUGCCUUGCAUUUUCGAUAUAUUCAAGAGCAAAUACGAGUCGCUCAAACUGGCCCUUGAAUUCCACUUACGUGGAAGUUCAUGUUGAAAUAACACUUAGGAAUCGAGUGUAAAUACGAAUGUAAUUAAAUUUCGAGGGCCGACGGUAUAAUAUUUAUUAUAAAACAAUAGUAAUUGUGAUUGUGUUAUUUAUUAAUUACUGCUUAAGUCUAUUGUUCGUAGAACUCUGUAACGUUGGACGGAUAAAGGCAUUGAAUUUGUAAAUAAAAUCUUCCUAUGAGACACACAGAA